CGCACAGAUUCCUGCCUGCGCGUUCACGUCUCCUGAAUUGCGCGGCAGCAGCAGUCUCGCGCAGUUCAAGAAUCGUUAUUUUUAGCGCGUGGUUCGUGUUGCAGUGUCGUGGUCGCGAGGAGCUUUUUAUCCUCCAUCUCCGUGCCACAGUUUGAGCAGGACUCGCGGGGGAGCACGAGAGGGCAACGCAACGCACUGACUGCGCGAGGAGUUGCGGAGUGGCGGUAGACUGUAGAGAGCGAGGAGGAGGAUAACGGACUGACCGAGGGGAGCACCACCACACAUCUUAUCACUCUGGUCCUCGUUAAACGGCCUGCCCGAAGAUGGCUAGCCCCGUAGCAGGUCGAGAUGUCCCGAAUGCCCCGCCGCGGGACGAGCCGGAACGGUUGGACCCGAACCGUCCCGAACCAGCCUGUCAGGAGGCACAGAAAUGGAUAGAGGCUGUAACAGGGAAGAGCUUUGGAGACAAGGACUUCUGCAGCGGACUGGAGAACGGCAUCCUGUUAUGCGAGCUGCUGAGUGCAAUCAAACCAGGGCUGGUCAAGAAGAUCAACAGGCUGCCCACUCCCAUCGCUGGGCUGGACAACCUGUCAGUCUUCCUGCGGGGCUGUGAGGAGUUGGGCCUGAGGGGCUCCCAGCUGUUUGACCCCGGGGACUUGCAAGACACUUCCAUACGAGCUAACCUCAAGGACUCUGACUACAACCGCAAACUAAAAAAUGUGCUGAACACAGUGUUCUGGCUGGGGAAGGCUGCCAGCGGCUGCGCCUCCUACAGCGGCCCUACUCUCAACCUCAAGGAGUUUGAAGGGCUUCUUGCUCAAAUGAAGAUGGAGGCCGAGGAAGGAGGGGACAAUCCACAGAAGCGCAGCGUUAGAGACAGCGGCUAUGACUGCUGGGACUCUGAGAGGAGUGAGUCUCUCUCUCCACCACGACACACUCGCGACAACUCCCUAGACAGUCUGGACUCCUUUGGCUCCCGCUCACAGCACAGCCCUUCUCCCGAUGUGGUGAAUCGAGGCAACAGUGAUGGGCGAGGGAGCGACUCGGAGGCUGAUGGCCCCAGCAGGAAGCCAGAUGUGCGGAAGGAUGACAUGUUGGCCAGACGGACUGCCAGCAGUGAAGCAAGAAGCUCCAUUCCCUUUAACCAGUUUCUUCCCAACCGAACCAACGCCAGUUCCUACAUCCCGACUCCACGGCGAAAAUCACAUACAGAGGAGGGAGAGCAGCGGAGUCACCUUCAAGCCACUCCAGAGCAGGGCAAAAGGACUGGACCGCACCACAAAACCCCCAAGACUGUCACUUGGGCACCUGAGAACAAUGGGGGAAAACUAAAACAGGAAGAGGAGAAGGUGACCCAGGAAGUGUUGGAUCAGAGGAAGCUGCAGAAGUUAGAGAAGGCAGGGAUUAAAGUUCUGCCUGCUGCCGUUCGCUACAGCAGCCCUCCCACAAUGGAGGAACAAAAAGUGAGGUCGCCGUCCCCGAACAUCAUCCUUCGCUGCGAUAAUGACUUUUUGAGCUCUCAGAAAUCUGCGUGGGACUCCUCCUCUGAUGUGGAAGAGGAGGCAGAGGUGCGGAAAGUUCCGGAUGUUCGUAGAGAUGACCUGGCAUCCAGACGAGCUCAUCGCGGCCCUGUUGCUCCCAAAGUGCAUCAGUUUGUCCCUCCGCCUGUAUGUAGCAACAAAGACAGAGAGCGCUGGGAAGGCAUUAGACGAGCCUCACAGCAAACGCUGCAGGAGAAGGAGAUCAGUGAGAACGAAGCAGUCCCUGACAUCAUUACACGCAGAGACAACCCCUUCCUAAACUCCACCUCUCGCCACGAGGAAGAGGAGGAUGAGGGAGAAGAGGGAAAGGUUAAGGCAACACCUAAUAAGCAGAAGGAUGACCUGGCUCAAAGGCGGGCUCAAAGUAGGCCCCUCUCUCACAGGGACGGACCAAUGAGCUUUGUUUCUGCCUCCAUGAGCCAGGCAGAUUUGCAGAAGUGGGAGAGACUCAAGAUGACUGAACCCAGUGAGCCUAGCCCGGCCCCUGUGUGUCAGGCUUGUCUGGAGAAAAAUUAUGGAAGCCCUUUCAGCGGAUCAGCCAAGGCUGGACGAGGUCACAGCAAAGUUGUGACCUUUGGGGGCGUGACUGAGAUCGAGCAGCCAAUAGACACAGUCACGUCAAGUGAAGGGGAGGAGACGGAGUUGCUAAGACGACUCCUUUCCAAGGCAACUGUAGCCAUGCCUACCAUUGGCCUGGGCUCCCAGCUUUCAGAGCGGGAACGCAGCCAGGUAGAUGCAGCUGACCUCAAUCAAACUACCCCGCCCUCUGCUGACCUCCCACCCUGGACCCCUGAAACCCCUCCUACUCUUGCUGAGCUGGAUGCACGUCUGGCUCAGUAUGAACGGAGAACAGAGGAGGGGGAUGAGGAUGAAGAGGACAGGAUCCCAGAUCUCCAGAAAGACGACAUGAUGGCGAGGAGGACAGGAGUUUUCCAUAAACAAAGCACUGCCACAGUGACGUACAACCGUUUCCUGCCUCUGCCCAGCUCCAAACGCAGCACACAAGGGCAGGUCACCACUGAUGCUGCUCCACGGAACAAAAGGGAAGUGCAGGCAGACAGGAGCAAGAAACUGAACACCAGAGUGGAGCAACAGCAACCCAGAGUUCCCAUGGAAACACCUCAACCGCGCCCUGACUCGACUGUGAUCCGAGCAACUUCUCACAGCGAACGUGAAUAUGAUGAUGAGGAUGAGUAUGAUGAAAAUGAGCCUGUGCCUGACCUGGAGAAGGACGACAUGAUGGCUCGCAGGACCGGGUCAUUCCAAAAACCGAGUGCAGCCAGAACAAAUCAGUCCAUCAACCAGUUCCUGCCAGUACCUGGAUCAGUUAAAUAUAACAUCGCCCCAGUGUCUGCAAUGAAGCCACUACACAGCAGACCUAAAGUCAUAGAGAAGAUAGCUAGUGAAAGCAGCAUCGUUACCAUGGCAGCAGAACCUCAAGCCACACCCUCCAAAGCCCCAACCCUUACUAAGUGUGCAGGGCUGAGGGAGAGGCAAGAGGAGGACGGAAAGCAAGAGGGAGACAUGACAAUCCCUAACACCUCUGUCACAGAUGUGACUGAGCCCCCCUCCUCUCCAUCGCUCACCCCUCCACCCAGUCCUGCUACUUGUGAAGUGGAGGCAGAGCUGGAAAAGCAGAGUGUUGAGGAAAAGGUGGAAGAGAGAAAGAGGGAUGUGAAUGAGGAACCACGGAAGAAACCAUUCUGGCUGGAUGACGAUGAUCUACCUCCCAUGAUGAUGAGCCGGCGAGUUGCUUUUAUGUCUGAGGACACUGAGAGUGUGAGCAUGAGUGACAUGCUUAACGAGGAAGAGGUGGGACACUUACCGCCACUGAGCCAAUCACGAUAUGAGCGCAUGCAAGAACAGUACAACAAUUUUCUGGAAGAUGAGGACCACUGGCGAAACGACUUGGCUCGCUGGAAGAAUCGCCGUCGCAGUGCGUCACAGGAACUGAUCAAGAAAGAGGAAGAGAGGAAGAGGAUGGAGAAAAGGAUGAAGGGGGAGGGAUUUGACAGCAACAAGAGGAAAAGCAUCAAGACCUACAAAGAGAUCGUGGAGGAGAAAGAGCGCAGAGAGGCAGAGUUGUGUGAAGCCUACAGGAAUGCAGCGACUCCAGAAGAGGCCGCCAUGGUUUUACAGCGUUACGCUCUUCGCUUUACCAUCAGUGACGCGACACUGGACAGCCUAAAACUACCUAGAUCCACUUCGAAACCCAAACAGGACCUAAAGCAGGUGGACACGGAGCACAAAACGGCAUCACCUGUUAAUGAGUCUGAAACAUCAGAACCUCUGCACAAACCAGAACCAACUGUUAUAACGGACCAGAGCCACACAAAACCUGAAGAGAUACACACAGAUACAACUGCUCAACAAGUGACAUCAGUUUCUGUCUCCUCCAGCUCCCCAACACCUGGCAGUCCCCUCACCCCAGUCACAAACUCAGAAAUUGUGCCACCUCAGUCACUACAACUAAAUGAACCUCAGUCCAAACCGACAGAGUCUACAACCACACAUCAAAAACAACAGAUUACAGGAGAUGCAAUGCCUCAAACCAAACACACUCCGCCUCAGAUUGCACAAGUGCAGCCUCACACCACGCAGCCUGUACACACACUCCCCUCCCCUCCAUCUACAUCCGCCAGACCUGUCCCCCUGCUGGCAGCCAAGCCUUACUGCCAGCCCAGGAACACACAGUCUGGACACAAACCUGUCAAGAUGGACGGGUUGGUGCGAGUGAACGGAGAGGUGAUGGAAGAUUUAUCUCUUUCCACCCCACCUUCCUCUGCUCGGCACUCGCCAAAGGCGAUCAAAGACGUUCCCUCCAAACAGACGGAGAAAGAUGUCCCCUCCGAGCAGACUGCGACCAAUCAGGAGGCAGUGGAGCAGACGCCACCUCCACAGACAGAGAAAUCGACCCCGUCUUCGGGCUCUGCCAUCAGCUCCUUGAUUGGAGGUCGAAACUGUAUCAUCACGACAACUAUUGUGACUGAGCUCACACAGACUCAUGUGGAGCCACAUCACCCGGAUAUCCAAAGCAAUGGACAGGUCAAUGGUACUAUGGGAUUAUCUGGGAUACCAGUGGAGGAAAAAAAGGCUCAGCCAGCUACAUCACCAACCAGUAUGCAAGAAUAUUCUCCCACUGUCACAGAUGGACUUGAGGAGAGCAGUGUGACUAUUGAGACCCCCAUGUUGAACUUGGCUAAACGUGUUAAUCACUGGGUCUGGGACCCCAAUGAGGAGCGUAAACGCCUGGAAAUGUGGCAGCAGGAGCAGGAGCGCCUCCUACAGGAGCAAUACCAGAAGGAACAGGAGAAGCUGAAGAAGGAGUGGGAGAAAGCACAGCUAGAGGUGCAGGAGGAGGAGAGAAAACACAAUGAAGAGGAGAGAAGGAUUCUAGAGGAGACUGUAAUGCCCCUCAAACCCACUGGCUUGUUAAACCAGCAGCCGGACCAGACAGGGAUGAUUUCAUCAGCUCCAGAAAACAACGAGACAGAGGGAGGAAACAUUCCUCUCCAGCAAAACGGCCAAAGAAUCUCCACAGGGACUGAGGAUCAGCAUGCAUCGAAGCUGCAUUUCUUCCAGGAUGAGAUUCACGCAGAAAUACACACUGAUUCUGCGUGUGAUGGUGAACCUUCAAAGAAACAGGAACUGUUGAAGACGGCCUCUCUGGACCGCAACCCUCAGCUAAACCAGGCACAUAUUGUUAAAAGGUCUGAAUCACAUGACGCUGUAACAAGCAAACAGCAGUCCUCCCCUUCAUCCCCUCAGCCUCCCUCACCCAGCAGGUGUGUUAGUGGGAAGAGACUGUGUUCUGGUUGUUCUCAACCACUGGGAAAAGGAGCUGCCAUGAUCAUCGAUACACUGGGACUGUUUUUCCACAUACAGUGUUUCAAGUGUGGAGUGUGUAAUGGGCAGCUGGGUGACGCCACUGCAGGGACGGACGUACGGAUUCGUAAUGGACUUCUGAGCUGUCAUGAGUGCUAUAUUGCAUCUCGGGGCAGAGGUCAGCCCACCACACUAUGAAGACCUGAAUUCGGACUGGAACCUCCACUGUCAACGUCAGUGAUUGGGCGGAGAAGAAUUCUAGAACCUCGAAUCACAUUCUGGAAUGCUCUGGAAAACACUUGGAAUCUCCUCGGAGCUUUGGAAUUAUCGUUUUUGCCUGAAAUGCACAAACAGCUUUAUGGAUGGUUACCGAGAGCGAAACUGGACACAGCGCAGUGUGUGCUGCUUAACUGUACACAUGAAUACACUUCUAUCAAUACGUGUAGCAUGGAUGUAAUCAAGAAAUCAGUGUGUUUAAGCCUUUGCACAUCCGUACUUAGCACAGUCAAGAUACUAAUAUAAGGAUCUGUUCUGUCACAAGCUUAACAUGUAACGCUAAAAGCCGCACACUACUUACUGUCUUCAACACAUCAGUCUCAAAAUCUUGAUUCAUUAACCCCCGCUUCUGCACUGAUCAUGUGACUCCACUCUCUGAGUGCGACGUAAAGUGGUUUGGCUUGGAUAACCUGAAGUAGCUUGACCAUUAUAAUGCCUUACUCAUCAUCGUACCUUCUCGUUCAUUUUGUGUUUUGUGUUUACAGUUUUGCAUGAAAGAAGAACAUAUAUAAGUUAUUGUGAGUAUUGCCCAGAUGGAGUAGUGUGAGUUUGAUGUAGGUUGUUAUCUUCUCAACAGCUGAACUUUUAACUUUCCUCUUGUAUGUUGUACAUCAUCAUAUUUUUGAAUUUUUGGGAAUCUGGCUGACUUACACAAGCUUUUUCUUUAUAAUAAUUCAUUUUACAACAAUGAGAAUGCAUGUUAUUAAUAAUACUUGUUCUCUGGAUUUUAACUAUUUCCCCCUUAAGAUGUUUUAGCCAUUGUUUAUUCUCAUAGACUGACUGCAUCCGAAUCAGUGCCUUAUGUAAUGAAUGCGAGGGCGAGUGUAUGUGCAGGAGUAUUUCACACUCACACGGACCUCUGGGUCUUGGCACAUUGUGUGUGUGUGUGUGUGUGUGUGUGUGUGUGCGCAUGUGUGGAUGAAAUCAUGCAUGUAUAGGUAUGUAUGCAAUGUGUGAUUUGACUUAAAGCACAGUUCCAUACCAGCAAAAAAACAUUUUAAAUGGAUCAGCCUCUCUUUAUCACCUGCUGUUCUCUUCCACCCCUUCCCAUGAGCUAAACCAAUGACACAAAGUGAUUUGCUGCUUCCCUGUUAAUAACUCCCCCAUAUUGUGACACAUUCACAAUGUCUCUUCUCGUCUGCCUCUAUCACAAGUGUUGCCUCCCCAGAGUCUGAGCUGAACCUCUCUCUCCUCUGUGUGUCAUUGCCUCGUUCUGGACACCUGACAGCGUCUUCAUCGCUUAGAGGAAUAGAGCGCUCAGUUCAUUGUCUUUUAUAGCAAGUGUAUGUUUAUCAAUAAAAUAUUUAAAAUGG